UUUUGUUUGCUGGCAAGAAGAUUGGUUGCGUGGAGUGAAACGUCAGCCACGUACAUUCGCCUGUCAACGUAACCUUUCACAUUUCUCAUUUAUUGUGUAUUAAAAUAAGCUCGAUAACAGAUAAAAUGUCAGCGAAACUGUUGUCGCUCGUGCUGAUCAUCGCCGCGGCGGUGACGGCCGAUGAGGAGACGGCGGCGGCGCGCCUGCUGGUGUCGAAGCAAGUGUUGAACAAGUACUUGGUCGAGGACAUGGAUAUUCUGAUUAAGUACACGUUGUACAACGUCGGGACGGCACCGGCGGUGGACGUGAAGCUGGUGGACAACGGGUUCCACCCGGAGGUGUUCACGGUAGUGGGCGGGCAGCUGUCGGCGCAAAUCGACCGGAUCCCGCCGCAGACGAACGUGUCGCACGUCGUGACCGUGCGCUCGAACCGUUACGGAUACUUCAACUUCACGUCGGCUGAGAUCACCUACAAGCCCACCGAAGACGCUACUGAGCUCCAACACGCCAUCAGCAGCUCCCCCGGCGAGGGCGCCAUCGUGGCGCACAAGGACUUCGACCGCAAGUUCUCCUCCCACAUCUUGGACUGGGCCGCCUUCGCUGUCAUGACCUUGCCCUCCCUCGCCAUCCCCUUCGGCCUCUGGUGGUCAUCCAAGACCAAGUACGAGAAACUCAGUAAACCUAAGAAGAAUCAUUAGAUAGGUUUAAAAUUGACCGGAGGAUAAAAGUUUUCAAUUUAUAUUUUCGUCACUGAAAACGCGGCGAAUUUAGAAGUUAUAUACAAUAAUUAUAAUUUUGUGCUUUCUUGGUAACGAAAAAAGUCAUUGAAAAUUUUCAUCUUUAGGUAUAAACCCAAAAAGACAAGUCUAAAGAAAUCAUGUAAAUAAUUAUUGAAGCUUACAGUUUAGUGUUUAUUUAAUUGAUUUGAAGACUAUGGGUACAUUUUUAGCUAUAUAGAUAAUGGAUUCAAGUUGUUAGAUGCAUUUAUCAAGUAUUGAAAGGGAAUAGGGAAGAAAGUUAUGCCGAAACCAGUAAGCAAGUGAAUUUAUAAUUAGCUUUUUAUUAAACUGAAGUAGACUUUGUUACCAUUGACAUGUAGCUCUUGAGACUUCUAUCUAUAUAGUUAGAAAGCAUUUACAUUUAAAUUAGACUAAGGCAGUCAUUAUUGUGAUCAUUGCUAAUGUUGUAUGUGAAUUAGUUAGAAAUCAUGCCUUGUUGUCACAGAAAUAAAGUUUAAAUUAGGUUAUCUUUGGUGGAUGUGGUUGUCCUUGUAUUGUUACCAAUAUGUUUAUUGCUCUCAUUUGUAAAUUCAUUAAUAAAUUACCGAAUAGAAAGCUGUUUUGUGGUGAUGGAUAAUAUGGAUUUCUAGUUAAUUAAUUUAAAUGCAACAUUAGCAGUGGUUAGUCUCAUUACUUCACUUGUUCAUCCGCCAUUUUUACAUUGUUAUUAAUUUAUAAAGUAUGAACAAUAAAAGAUAAUUUUACUGUCUUAAA